CUCCUUAGGCCAUUUGCAUUAUCUCCGACCAUUUUCUCACUACGGUAAUCAACUGGCAAAUACUUGGACAAUGGCCUCAGAAAAUGGAGACAAACUAGAGCUUGCUUUCAGUGCUGUUCCUGAUCCCAAGCCCAAGAAGGAUUGGGUCAUUUUGUCCCUUAGGGUGGUCGCAUUUUUUGCCACAGCAUCUGCUACACUUGUUAUGGCAUUCAACAAACAAACCAAAGGCAUGGUAGUUGCUACCAUUGGCACCAACCCAGUAACAAUUACUCUUACUGCAAUGUUUCAGCACACUCCAGCUUUUAUAUUCUUCGUGAUAGUCAAUGCAAUUGCCAGUUUCUAUAACUUGCUGGUGAUAGGAGUGGAGAUAUUAGGACCCCAAUAUGAUUACAAAGGACUUCGCCUUGGACUGAUUGCAAUAUUAGACGUGAUGACGAUGGCUCUAGCAGCAACUGGAGAUGGUGCAGCAACAUUCAUGGCAGAAUUAGGAAGGAAUGGUAAUUCACAUGCAAGGUGGGAUAAGAUAUGUGACAAAUUCGAAGCAUACUGCAACAGAGGUGGUGUUGCCCUCGUUGCCUCUUUCGUUGGCCUCAUUCUCCUUCUCGUUGUUACAGUGAUGUCCAUCACCAAGCUGCUCAAGCUAAAUCGCAUUUAGCACCUUCAUGCUUACAAUUAAUGCAUGAUACAUAUUGAUAUCCUGCUUUCUAUAUUCACCUGUUUAAGUGCAAUCCAGCGUCUGAUAUAUGUGUUUUUAGUUGUGUCAGGACCACAAAUAAAUACGUAGAUUACAUGGACUUUUACAAAAAUUUCUUAGUUUUGUGUAAAAUAUGUUGGUGCCAUGAAUCUCCUCUUUGUCUUUUUUGCCAACUGUCUUGCUCCCCACUCUCGACUGCAUUGGCUGUUCUGAAAUUAAGUUAAUGUUUUUUGUUUGUCCAUUA